UUCCAUCAAAAAAGAAGAGAGCAACAUGUUUGGGUAAUGCUGACAAUACAAGAACCUACAAUGUACUCCAAUCGUGUCCAUAGUCUUGAACUGAAGCUGCUCAAAUAUCAUUUUUGCUCAUUUUGAUGUUUGCAAACAUUAAAUUCGCCGUAGUGAAGAUCAGCUUUAUAGAUUAUCUAGAUUAUAGGUGAAUGUAUUGUGGCUGUGAGGCUGUGCGUUUGUAUUGUGUUUGUCAGAAAAUAAAUGUUUUGAGGGAAAUGUCGAUGAACAAAAGAGGUGUCAGCGAGCAAUCUGUUGGGCUCUUAACGAGGCCUGAUGCCACUAUGCUUGGCCCAAUACUACUCGUGAUUCACUUCCCGUCUUCGCAUGCGCACUCUGCUUCCCCAAUCCACAUGAGCGAGGAGGGCGGCGGAACGAAGCGCCGCCGCGGCAGCUCGCCGGCGGCGCCUGCCUCCCUGCCGGACGACUACGACCUCCUACGAGAAAUCCUCCUCCGCCUCCCGCCGCAGCCGUCCUCACUGCCGCGCGCCUCCGUCGUCUGCAAGCUGUGGCGAGCCGUCACCACCGACCCCAAGUUUCUCCAAUGCUUCCGAGCCCACCACCGGAAGCCGCCCCUCCUCGGCUACUUCGGGGCCGCGUUCGGCGACAAGGUGGAGAUCGUGUUCAGGCCCACCCUGGACCAUCCCGACCGCAUCCCUCCCGAGCGCUUCUCCCUUCGCGGCUGCAGCCGCCGCGAGAACUAUGUGCUCGGGUGCCGCCACGGUCGCGUCCUCGUCGAUUGCCCGGCGCAGAAAGAGGUCGUUGUGUGCGAGCCCAUCUCCGGCGGGCAGCGCCGCGUGGCCGUUCCACCGGAGUUCAAGAAUGGCUUUCACGACGGGGCGGUGCUCUGUGCCGCCGGCGACCAGGGCCAUGUGCACGGCGGCUGCCACUCGUGCCCCUUUAAGGUGGUCCUGCUGUGCAUGCCCGAAGAAGAUAAUCGAGCCCUCGCCUGCGUUUACUCUUCAGAGACUGGCAUCAUGCAAGCUUUAUGCUCGUUAUGAUUGUGGCUAUCCUAGUAUCCUUGUUGGUGAUGCCCUUUAUUGGUUGGAUAUGAGCAAUGGUAUGCUUGAGUUCGAUUUGGAUGGACAGAGCAUAUCUGUGAUCACGGGGCCUCCCAUGACAGAUGAUUUCUGCCAUGGCAGCAUUCAGAUAAUCAAGGCUGAGGAUGGCGUUGUUGGCUUGGCUUCAUUUUCUUACCCUAGCAUCCAAAUUUGGCAGAGGAAGGUCAACUGCAAUGGUGUUGCCACAUGGUUGGUGUGCAAGACUGUCGACUUGCAUAAUAUUAUUGGGCUUCCUCCUCAGCUUGAUGAACGGGACAGUGGGAUGGAAACUAUACUGGGAUAUGCUGAGGAUACCAAUGACAUUCUUAUAUAUGUUCACUCCAGUGUCUACACGGUUCAGCUUAAGUCAAUGCAACCCAAGAAACUUCAUGAAACCCAUCAUGUCAUGGACUACCAUCCUUUUACAAGUUUUUAUACACCAGGCAUAGCCAAUGCUGGUGGAUGUGAUGGAUCUGAAAUGUUGGAUCAUGCAUAAGAAGGCUGUCUGGUUUGAUGUGCUGACAUCGUUUGACAAAGAAUUAAGAAUACAAUCUGAAUAUAGUCUGUGAGGUUUAGAAUGUUUGAUUUUUUUUUAUGGGGAAUAUCCAGCUGCCAACAUGUUUAGCGUGCACCCGCAGACUACUUACCACUCAACUAUAGGGACUCAUGCAUGAGUAACACAAACGACAAUUAAAAUCAGGUUGAUGCCAAGGCAAAAUGUCUCUCUCUCUCUCUCUCAUAAAUGUCAUCUAGAUGAUCCAGAUGAGAGUUCUUUCAUUUAGCUGUUUGACUGUUUCAGAAAGCCGAAAGCAAUAUGUUAGUAGCCCCCAUUUUGUUAUACAAGCAUCAGUCACAGCAUUCAACUCCCCAACCAUAACAAAUUACAAUGUCAAAAGGCUUCAACGAUUGAUUUGGUUUUCAUCGUUAUUCCUAGGAGAUGUAGCCAGGGAUAUGAUAUCUUUUACAGAGCUCUUCUUUGUGUUGCCAAGCUGACCAUGAGUUUGUACCCCACAUCUCAUUCAUUCUCUGUGUCGGAUAGGUUGCUACCACUACUAGGUUCUUUCUGUAUCUGUAUCAGCCUAUCAGGUUACUAUCCUAUUGAUGAUUUGUUUUCUCUAGGUGAGGACUGGCUGCUGGAGUUCUAUUUGAGUUUGUCACAUUGCAUCAAUGUGGUCGGCACUCAGCAGUGUUUAUAUGUUAUCUGGAAAAGAAGACUUACUAAGUGUGUACCUUUGUCUAGCUAAGUUUCUUAUGUAACAGGAUGUACUUGAAUACCUAAACCAGGGAAUUCCAACUUCCCCUAGUAAUAUUUCAAGUUGAUUUCCGCAGUACUUCAA